CAAUCAGCGCUCGCCGCCCCUCCCCCCCCCGCAGUGUCGCGAUCUCUGUCGCGACAUCGCCGCCGCCCCCCGCAGCUCCGGGUGUUCUCGGAGCCCCCCCCAGCCCCGGGUGGGGUUUUUGGGGGGUUUUUGGGGGGUUUUUGGGGGUUUUUGGGGGGUUUUUGGGGGUCCCCCCCAGCCAUGGCCCCCCCCCGGCAGGACAAGCGCGGCUCCAUCGUCCCCUUCGUGCUGCUGGUGGAGCUGGGGAUUUUGGGGGGCACGGCCGCCUUGGCCUACCAGCUGGAGUUCACCGACGCCUUCCCGGUGCACUUUGGGGGGUUCUUCUGCCGGGACCCCGAUUUUGGGCGGCCCGACCCGGGACCCCCCGCGCUGAGCCGCGCCCCCCCCGCGCUGGUCUAUGCGCUGGUCACGGCCGUGCCCGCCGCCACCAUGGCGCUGGGGGAGCUCCUGGGCCGUUUGGGGGGGUCCCGGAGGGGUCGCGCCCCCCCCCAGCGCGGGGCCGUGGGGCGGCUGCUGCGGUUCCUCGGCGUGUUCUCCUUCGGCCUUUUGGCCACCGCCAUCUUCGCCAACGCGGUUCAGGUGGUCUUGGGGACCCCCUCCCCACAUUUCCUCGCGGUCUGCCGCCCCAACUACAGCGCGCUGGGCUGCGCCGAGACCCCUCCCCAAAUUCAGAUUCAGACCCCGCCCCAAAUGGAGACCCCGCCCCAAAUGGAGACCCCGCCCCAAAUUGAGACCCCGCCCCAAAUUCAAAUUGAGACCCCUCCCCAAAUUCAGACCGCGCCCCAAAUUCAGACCCCGCCCCAAAUUCCGGCUCCCGGUCCCGCCGCGCCCCCUCCCCAAAUUCAGACCCCGCCCCGAUCCGCGCCCCCUCCCCAAAUUCAGACCCCCGGUCUCCCCGCGCCCCCUCCCCAAUUUGCGGCUCUUUCCCGAUCGGGACCCCCUCCCCAAUUCUCGUCCCAUUCCCGGUCCGCGCCCCCUCCCCAAAACUCAUCUCCUGACCGACCCGCGCCCCCUCCCCAAUUUGGGGUCCCCGGACCCGUCGCGUCCUCGUCCAGGUCCGCGCCCCCUCCCCAAUUUGGAGUCCCCGGUGCCGCGCCCCCUCCCCAAUUUGAAACCCGCGGUCGUGCUGCGCCCCCUCCCCAAUUUUCGUCCUAUUCUCGGUCCGCGUCCCCUCCCCAAGCCGCGCCCCCUCCCCAAAUUGGAGUCCCCGGUCCCGCUGCGCCCCUUCCCCAGUCCGCGCCCCCUCCCCAGUCCGCGCCCCCUCCCCAAUUCGACACUCGCGGUCCCGCCGCGCCCCCUGCCCAGCCCCGUUUCGCGCCCCCUCCCCGUUUCACGCCCCCUCCCCAAUUCGUGCCCGCGGGGGUCUCCGCCUGUUCCGGCCCCGCUCCCGCCGUGGCCGCCGCGCGCCGCGACGUUCCGUGCAAGGAGGCGGCGCUGGGCGCGUACGCGGGCGCGUUCGCCGGGCUGUACGUGACCCUGGCCUGGCGGGGGGGGGGGUCCCGCCUGGCCAAGCCCGCGGCGGUUUUGGGGUUCGCGGCCCCCCCGUUCCUGCUGGGGGCGCUGCGCGUGGCCGAGCACCGCAACAGUUGGGGGGGGGUCCUGGGGGGCUUCCUGGGCGGCACCGCCAUCGCCGCCUUCCUGGUGACGUGUGUGGUUGGAAACUUCCAGAGCCCGGGGGGGGAUUUUGGGGGGGAUUUGGGGGGGGCGGGGACCCCCCGAGCCCCCCCCGAGGUGCCCCCCCAAAAUCCCCAACCCCCCCUGGAGGAGCUCAGCGUGGCCCAGGUGCGUCGGGCGGAAUUCCCAGCGGUGACCUGAGACACCCCAAAAUUUGGGAACCCCAAAAAUUUGGAACCC